GCGAAGUACGUUGGGCGGCUAGUCACGACUACUAAUAUUCUGCAUGUCUCUAUGGAUUCCGCGCAGCUGCCCUGCGAACCUCAUCCACUCGUCUAGCCGCGCAGCACUUAUCCAGUCAACAAACAAAAAACUCGUCCUCGCCGCUCGUUCCCGUCCGCUACUUUACAACACACAAUCCCUUAAUCCUCCCCGUCUCCUUUCAACCUCAAAUGCAAAGCCACCACCACCUUCGUCGCCGUCUUCAACAGUCAAGUCAGACUCUUCUGCGCCGUCCAAAGACCCUGAAGUGAAGACAGCAGCGCCACCUGCACCCAAGGAACCCCAACUCCCCCUCUCCACCCGAGUUUGGAAAAAGGUCAAACACGAAGCCCAGCACUACUGGCACGGUUCCAAGCUGCUCGUCUCCGAAGUCAGAAUCUCUAGCAAGCUUCAAUGGAAGGUCUUGCAGGGUCACACCCUGACACGCCGUGAACGACGACAGUUGAAACGAACGACUCAGGACCUCAUGCGUCUCGUCCCCUUCUCCGUGUUCCUCGUCGUUCCUUUCAUGGAAUUGCUUCUCCCUGUGGCUUUGAAACUCUUCCCCAACAUGUUGCCCUCCACCUUUGAGGACAAAUACGCGGCGGAAGAGAAGCAACGCAAGCUGCUUCGAGUCCGACUGGACAUGGCCAAGUUCUUGCAAGAAACGCUGCGCGAGUCAGGCCUCAAAGCCAAUGCCCACAUCGUCGGUUCCGAAGCCUUCAAAGAGUUCUUCCGCAAGGUUCGCGCCACUGGUGAAGUACCCUCUUCAGCAGAUGUUAUCAACGUUGCCAAACUGUUCGACGACGACUUGACUCUGGACAACUUGUCUCGUCCUCAACUCGUCUCAAUGUCACGGUACAUGGGCUUGAACGCCUUCGGAACGGACAAUUUCUUGCGUGGACAAAUCCGAACUCGGCUUUUGCAUCUGCGUCGGGACGAUCAGCUCAUCGACUCGGAAGGUGUUGAUACUCUCUCGACUUCGGAACUGCAGGCUGCGUGCCAGUCCCGUGGUAUUCGAACCGGAGGAAUCUCCCCUGCUCGGCUGCGCGAAGAGUUGACCACUUGGAUUCAUCUCCAUUUGCAUCAACGUGUUUCUGGUGUUUUGCUUAUCCUCGGACGUGCUUUCAACUUUGAUCGCAAACCUGGCGACGAUGAAGAUGGCAGGUCAGCCGUGAUUCAAAGCUUGGAGAGUGUCCUUUCUGGUCUGCCCGAUAACCUUGUAAGUUUUCCGAAUUGGAAGUGGACGACAACGCCAGCUACAAGCAGAAAUUGGAAGUCUUGCAACAACAACAGGAACUCAUUGACGAUGAAGCCGAGCAGGAACAGAAGGAAGAAGAUGCUCGCCGAGCUAAGCGUGAGGCUGAAGAAGCUGAAGCUCGUGCUGCCGAGGCCUUGCUUCCUGACUCUGAGGCACCUCCAUCCCGAAGUCCUCGAAACUCCUAGCCCCACUGACGCACGUCUGACCGAAGAUCAGCUCAAUGAACUCAGCGACGCCCUCAUGGUUCUCUCCUCUAAAUCUAGCGUGUUGAAGGAACGUGACGAACUCCGCGCACUGAUGGAAGAGAACUUGCAAGCCGAGGAAGAUCCCAAGUCACCCUCUGGUGCUCUCACCAAGCGCAUUCGAUCCAUGUUGACCAAGAUCGAUACCCAACUCCAGGAAUACGAUGACCGUGUUGGAAGCUCCCUCCAGUUGAUCAAGGCUGACGCUCAAGGAAGGAUCUCGGUUCAGGAUCUUGAAAAGGCGUUCUCUGUCAUUAAGCAUAAGCCGGACGAGGAAGUUGGCCAAGCCGUGAUCCAAAAGUUGGACGUUGAUCAAGAUGGAUAUGUCGAAUUGGAGCAUGUGCUAGGGCUCGUGAGGGAAGAGGGUUUGGGAAUUGUCAUGGAUGACGAUGCGCAGACUAUCAUCGGGCAAGGUCACGAAAUCAAGAACUCCAAGCCCAGGAAGGAGGACAUCGUCCAGGAAUAGAGGAAUUAGACUAAUACCCUCUGAAUUAGAUUAAUCAAUCCGCUUUUACUUUGUUUUGUUUAUUUAUUUGAAUCUCGUUUGGUUGAACAUUAGAUAUAAAACAAUCAUCAUUACUUUUACAG